UGGUUUCCAGACCGAGUCAGUGUGAGUUGUUGGUCAGUCAUUUUGAAAUUGCUCACAAAAACGCAUUAAUUUUGUCUAUCGUCUUCCAGAAGCUUCUCAGUUUGGCCUGACUGCAGAAUUUUAGGACCAUGCGUGGGUCAGUACGAUGGGUUUUAUGGGAUGUAAAGGAUACUCUGCUGAAGGUGCGGCGCUCUGUGGGAGAGCAGUACUGCAGUGCGGCUGAGCAUGUUGGACUCAGAUUACCAUCCAUGCAGGUGGAGAUGGCAUUCAGGCAUGCAUACCGCCAGCACUCACGCCUCUACCCUAAUUAUGGCAGUGCUCAAGGCAUGAAUGGUCAACUAUGGUGGACAGAAGUGGUGAAGAACACAUUUUUCCAGUGUGGGGUGCAGGACCAUGUGCUGCUUGACACACUUGCCAGUAACCUGUACCAGAAUUUCUGUGGUCCAGAGAACUGGGAGGUGUUUCCAGACUCAAAUUCCACCUUGAAGUCCUGCACAGCUAUGGGUAUGAAGCAAGGUGUGGUGUCCAACUUUGACAGCCGCCUAGAAGGAGUUAUUCGAGGAUGUGCCCUCCUUACCCACUUCUCAUUUCUACUGACCUCAGAAGGGGUUGGUGUAGCCAAGCCUGACCCAGAAAUUUUCACUCUAGCUUUGAAAAAGUGUGGGGUGCCAGCAAAACAUGUAGUCCACGUUGGGGAUCACUACGUAAAUGACUACCUUACCUCCCGAUCAUUAGGUAUUCGCGGUUAUUUGCUGGAUCGACAAGGACAGCAACGUCAUCCAGAUGUUCCUCCGCAUCAUAUACUACAGAGUCUAGAUGAACUACCAGCUAAGCUGCAACAAGAAACUGAUUAGAAAUUCAUCUCCAUCAGUUCUGAUCAUUCAUUUUUUGGUAAUUUAUUUAAAUAAUUUGUUCAAAUUAAACUUGGCCUUAAUGUAUUUUCUUUGUUGUCUUUGCUUUUCAAUAUGUGUCUGUUUGUGCAGGAGUACAUAUUCUUCCUCUAAUCAUUGUGUGGUGAUGGAACUUUAAGCCAUUUCAUCAUUUUAAGAUGAAAAGUGUAAUUAUUCAUAUUGAAAAAUCAGAAAU